GGAUUUUUCGGUCCAUUUACUAACCCAUUUUAAAACUAGAUUGAAUAUAAAUUAAAUUUGUUUUGGUCAACGGCCAGAGGAAUACUGAAAGACUAGUGCAAUGAGGAUUGAAACAUUACUCACUCUUUUCUGUGUUGGCAUUGCAAUUGCCUAUCCUAACUUUAAAGAUAUCCUUCCGAAUGGGAACGAAGUACCACAUCCAUGUAAAGCGAAUUACGUGUGGCAUGGUGUAGGCCACAACAAUCCACUUGGAGGAGGAAGUAGAAACCAGUUUGGUUUGGAUUUUAAAACUGCGGGAAUGUCAUGGACACCUGAAUUAUGUAGAAAAGAUUCUGAUGGAGACGGACGAACAAAUGGCGAAGAACUUGGAGAUCCUGAAUGUGUCUGGAAAACAGGAAGUUUACCAUCACGUUUAUCAGAUAUAACACACCCAGGAGUUUGUACAUUAUCGGAUGGGACAAUCUGCGAUGCUGAUAAGGGAUGGGUAGAUUGUCAAGUGGAAGAUGGACUGAAAAACUGCGAUGUUUUGAAAGAACCAGAGACAUUAAAUAGAACCAUUCGCUUUCCUGAGACAGCAGUGCCAGCUGAAGAAACAACGUAUUCCUGUAUGAUCUUCAAUCUUCCUUCUGACCAAGAUUAUCAUCUGAUGGCAUAUGAACCUUACAUAGAUAAUGAGAUGGUCAUGCAUCAUAUAAUAAUUUACGGAUGUGAUCCGAAUGAGGACCCAGUGCCAGACGAACAACUUAACACAGUUACCAAAUGUGGCAUGAGUGCAGCUAGUAACUGUAAUCAAAUGAUCGGAUUAUGGGCAGUUGGAUUUCCUGGAUAUUGUAUAGAUGGACCAAUGGGAUUUCGUAUUGGUCAAGGUGGAUUCAAACAGGCCGCAUUAGAGUUUCACUGGAACAAUCCACAGUUAGAAUCCAACUGGAAAGAUUCCUCGGGAGUCACUCUUUAUUAUACUCCAAAACUUCGAGCAAAUGAUGCUGGUAUUAUGUCGACUGGUCAGAUGAACCUUGAAAUUCCACCUGGACAACAGAGUUACACAGUAGUUGGGAAAUGCCAUUCAGAAUGUUCGAGGAAAUUAAUACAAGCACCAAUUAACAUAUUUUGGGCUACAAACCAUAUGCAUUAUUUAGGACAUGAAAUGAAUAUUAAGGUAUACAGAGACGGCGUUUAUUACACAGACCUCACAAAUGAUGUUAUUUACAACUAUGACAGUCCUGUAGAGAAAAAGUACUCAACUGCUGUUCAAGUGCGACCUGGAGAUGAAAUUGUAACAACAUGCAAAUUUAAAUCACUUUCGAGGCCAACAACAACGUUUUAUGGUGAUGCUACAAGUGACGAGAUGUGUUUCGGAUUCCUGGCUUUUUACCCUGCUGCAAACAUGCCAUUCUCUACGUGUACAGCAUGGAAAGAUAUCUCAGUAUGUGAAUUGUGGGUUCAACAAGAAUAUAACGAUUGCAAAUGGGUUGAUUUUAUGUUUCGAAAUGUAAAUGAAACAAAGCGUGUAAGAGAUGAAGUAAUGGCAAAUUGUAAACCGUUCGGGAAUUGUCUUUCUGAAUGCAAAGCUACACUUCAGAUCCUUUUUGCAGAACAUCCAUGCAUGAAAGGCGAUGUAUACGAAUUGAUAAAAGACCAGUCUCUUAGAUUGGACAAUAAGGAAAUGCAGGCAUUCAUUGUAGCAGUUGAUUCAUGUAAAGCUGAAAUGGCUGCUGAUGUGUACCUCCAAAAUCUUACAAAUGACAAUACUAAUGGAUCUGACCGCUUGGGAGGGAUAAGUGUACUACUGGUAUCUCUGAUUAUGUAUAUGAUGAUAAAAUAAGUACACCUUCAGGCACGUCACACUAUAUCAUGACCAUGAAGCAUCUACUACGAUUAAUAAAAAGAUAAGAUGGUAGUGAGAUCGUGGUAAGGUCGGCUUGAAUAUUAAAAUUUCAAAGUUUUCAUGUUCAUACCAAGACUUAGUUAUGAUUAUAAUAAGAUCUUUCUAAGAUAUGAUCGUGACACAUUCUAGUUACGAUCUUAUCGCGCACCUUUUUCAUGUGAUAAGACCAUACAUCUGCUCCUUCGAUCCCUGUACUCUUCUACCAUUACCUAACCUAUCGCAUUAAGGUCUCAAUAGGGGUUGCCUACGAUCGAACCACAAGUCACUGGCAUCGUGCUCUAUGAUAUGGCUUCAACAAAUACAUUCUUCUGAUCUUUUAUAUUUAUUCAAACUGUAAGAUAUACUUGUAAUUAGGCUGAUAGGUAUUACCAUACGGUACCAUUUCAACUGCAAUGAUUAUACUAACACAUUGUAUUUAGGGUAUACCAUAUAUUGGACUAACCGAUGAACUAAAAAUCAUACAAACUAACAAAGGAAUAAAUAUUGAAAAGCUGAGACCACUUCAUUACUCCCCUUUUCAUAAAAAAAAGAACCAUCUCAAGAGCAUAAAAUUAUUUUAUCACUUAGAUGCUCUUGCAUUGAAAGCAAGCUAACACCUAUCUUAGAAUCUACACUUCUUUCGUUUUUUUUUAUAUAUUUUAUGAAUCUUACUUGCAUAUGUUGCACAUUCUUAUGUUUAUACUUUAUGCACAUUUCAAGAAUCUGAAUAAAUGAUUUACAUUACA